UCCUUUAAUGCUUUCACUCACCGUUGUUUAAUGAUUAGUAGUACUAAUUGUUUACUUUGUCAUGUGUUUCUUCCCUCAUUUGUGUUCCACUUUCACUUUGUGGCUGUUAUGAGUGGUUUUAGUACUAUUGUUAGUGAAGGUAGUCCCGGAUAUGUAAAAAGGGCAACUUUUAUUAUAUAUUCGGACUUGGAACUUAGUUUAGCUGCUCAAAUUUGUUUUAUACACUAGUAUUUUCUUCUAGUGUUGUUUAAUAUCACAUCACUGCACCGUCUUCUUGCUGAAUACUUUGUUUCUGCAUUUCCCCUGGAUUUCGGUGCUUUAAUUUUCAUUCACCUUUACUUUUUCUUCACAGUUAUCAAUUGAUUGUUGAUUGCUUGUAAACCAGUAGGGUCUCCCUCAUUAUUCUGCUUCAGUAUUUGCAUAUCCAUUUGUCGGUCAAUCACCUUUUGUUAAUCACAGUUCCUUAGUCGUCUUUGUGUAACAGGCCUCUAUUUGAUUGCAGCAUUUUCUGUUGUAAGUUAUUAUUCUUCAAGAUUUAUGCAACUGGUAAUGGGGGUAGUAUUCUAACUACAACCUUUAAUUUGUUUAUUCUUUUCAAGUGGACUUUACAAAGAGCUAUUUCAAUUUUCAAGAGAAAGAUAACACUUUGUUGGUGAAUUUGGUAUACUUGGUUUUCAAUGUCCCCAACCUACUUUCCUCUCCGGUGGGAGAGCACCGGUGACCAGUGGUGGUUUGCAUCCCCGAUUGACUGGGCAGCUGCCAAUGGACACUAUGAUCUGGUCAGGGAACUUCUUCGCCUGGACAGCAAUCACCUUUUCAAGCUCACCUCACUGCGCAGAAUUCGUCGCCUUGAGACUGUAUGGGAUGAUGAAGCACAGUUUCACGAUGUUGCUAAGUGUAGGUCUCAGGUUGCAAGAAAGCUGCUUGUGGAGUGCGAGAACAAGAAAGGCAAAAAUUCUCUUAUAAGAGGAGGAUGUGGUGGAUGGCUGCUGUAUACUGCUGCCUCUGCUGGGGACUCGAGUUUUGUCCAAGAAUUGCUCGAAAGAGACCCCCUGCUUGUCUUUGGCGAAGGAGAAUAUGGUGUCACUGAUAUAUUCUAUGCUGCUGCGAGGAGUAAGAAUUCUCAUGUCUUUAGGAUUCUUUUUGAUUAUGCUGUUUCCCCGAGGUUCUUAUCAGGUAAUGGCAAAGAGCUGGAAGAACACGUUGGUGACAUUCCAUCGGCUUACAAGUGGGAGAUUCAGAACAGAGCUCUUCAUGCUGCUGCUAGAGGAGGUAAUCUCGGGGUUCUGAGGGAGCUUCUAGCUGAUUCUUGCACCGAUCAUGUGUUGGCUUACAGAGAUAUACAAGGUGCCACCAUCUUACAUGCAGCUGCAGCUCGAGGCCAAGUCGAGGUAGUCAAAGAUCUUAUAGCAUGCUAUGACGAUAUCAUCAGCUCCACAGACAAUCAUGGAAACACAGCAUUACAUGUUGCUGCUGCUAGGGGCCAAUUAGGUGUAGUUGAAGCCCUUACUAUUGUGUCACCCUCGUUACUCAAUUCCACAAACAAAGCUGGAGAAACAUUUCUUCAUGUUGCGAUUACUGGUUUCCAAACUCCUUGCUUUCGGAGAUUGGACCGUCAGAUUGAGCUCAUGAAGCAAUUAAUAAGCGGAAGGAUCUUCGACAUUGAAGAAAUUGUAAAUGCGAAGAAUAACGAUGGCAGGACUGCGCUUCAUUUGGCCAUCAUUGGUAACAUUCAUUCCGAGCUUGUGGAGUUGCUUAUGACUGUGCGCUCUAUGGAUGUCAAUACUCGGGAUAAGGAUGGAAUGACACCGCUUGAUAUUCUGAGGCAACGUCCACGCUCAGAAUCAUCGGAGAUAAUUACGAGGCAGUUGAUUUCUGCUGGAGGGAUCUUCAGUCAGCAGGAAUAUGCAGCAAGAAGAGUUUUUGCUUCCCAUUUAAGGAUGCAAAGCAUGGGAGUUAGUCCCGGCACUUCUUUCAGAAUCUCUGACCCCGAAAUAUUCUUGUACACAGGCAUUGAGAAUGCAUCGGAUGGAAGUGAGGGCUUGAACACUUUUACAACUGAAGUGAGUCAACGUGACUCAACUGUGGAAAGCCUCGGUCACAGAAGUAGUAAGCCCGGAAAUUAUGGCACACAACGACUGAAACGUCUCCUGCAGUGGGCUAAGAUUAAGAAACGAGAUACUGAGAGGCAUAAGAAGAAAACAGAAGCAGUUGAUGAAAGUCCAGUGGACAAUAAUUCAGACGGCACACCAAUCUCUCUGCGCCAGAGAUUCUCCAAGCCUUCCAGUGUUCCAAACAAUAACAAGCGAUCACUUUGUGUUAGGAGUAACCUCCCAAGUCCAACAGCAAAGAAGAGAUUUGCUUCGGGGUUGAUAAACGGUGUAAUGCAGGCGAUGAAUGUCCCUCGUCGUCGCUCAUCUCGUUCAAGUUCGUUAUCAAUAUCAUCUCUGUCAUCACUAGAGUCUUGUUCAGUAGAGAAACAAAAAGCAGUCCACAUUGAGAGUGAGAUUGCAGGAGGAGGUUCUUAUUGUAAUGAAGCUGAGAGAGAUCCGCAGCAGGGGAACAGAAGGUCAUCUUCGUCAGUGAACCAGUACUUUUGCUUUGGUGGUCCAGGAGCAGGAGGAGGAGGAGGACAAGGACUGAAGGCUCCACCUGCUGGGCUGAUGCAGCCAUUUGAAAUUUAUGAACGCUCCGUUUUAUCGACUGCUUGAUGAAUCCGGAAAUGGGUGUAAGAACAAAGACACUACUUCUAAUUUCUGGAGGUCAGUGAACCUUAAUUAGCUUAAAUAUAUAUAUGUUGGUUAUGCAUGUUUGUAGCUAGCUCAGCUCCCCCCCAGUUAUUACGUUCGUACUACAUGAUGUUUAGUGAC